UUGCACUCCCACCCCAUUCCACCCUUUUCAUUAUUUGCAAGGCUCAUCUAUAUACUAUUUCGGAAAGUGCUGAAACUUGAGAUUCUUAUGGACGGAUAACCGGAGCGCCUGCAGGCAAGUGGGAGAUAGUGACAGCCUCAGAGUGACCCUAACCCACAGAUGCAUCAGUUUCCAAAAAAAUCUGAAGGGGAAAAAACUUAAUGGGCCAAACCUGCUCCCUCUCCCCACCGCCAUUGCCCUAAGGUAACUCAACGAAGCAGAAUGUUUGUGGAUUCAGAAGGCAACCAGAUGGGUGUGGAGCUAAUGGAACUCUGUGGCAAGGAGGAAGGGAGGGAGAUGGGCUUGAACAAAAAGAGCUGGACAUUUCUCAGCUUGAAGAAUGCUCCCUCAAGACAGUGACAAUUUCUUCUGCUUCUAAGGGGGAAAGCCACUUCACAGCUUUGUGUUUCUGAGAGAGAUGGAGUUUUAAAAGGCGUUGGGACUCAGCACCAGUUCUCACACAAACAAACAUACCCAGAAAACAGGAAAAAUUAAAGUUGCAUAUGAAAAGCUGCCUUGGAGUACAGAGCAGAGAUGGAAGAGGACCACUCAGAUGGCCCUGAAGCAGGAAGACACCCUCUUCUUAUCCACGCUGGGAGCAAUGAGGAAAUCUGGGAAAGCUCGAUGCAGAAGAUGCUGGGUGAGGACACCACCAGCGCAGAUGUCCAGCGCCAGAGACUCAGGAGGUUCUACUACCAGAAGGCCGAAGGGCCCCGGGAAGUUUGCAGCCGACUCUAUGCCCUCUGCCGCCAGUGGCUGAAGCCAGAGAAACACACAAAAGCUGAGAUGCUAGAUCUAGUGAUCCUGGAGCAGUUCCUGACCGUCCUGCCCCCAGAGAUGGAGAGAUGGAUCAGAGAAUGCGGAGCGGAGACCAGUUCCCAGGCAGUGGCCCUGGCAGAAGGUUUUCUUCUGAGCCAGGCAGAGGCCAGGAAGCAGAAGGAGCAGCAGGGGCAGAGGCCAUCGAAGGUAGCCCCUGAUUUCUCUGAGGCAGAGAAGCUUCCAUCAGACCCCAGAGAGGAGCCAGUGUUCAGGUGGAUCGUGCAAGGGGGCGAAGGCGGUGCCACCUCACUGGGUGGCGAAAUCACAUUGGCUCUUCAUUCUGGGCCGUUUCCUCUCUAUGAUGGAGCAGAGAUGGCCUCCAUGCACCUGGAUCAGGGUCUGGUGACCUUUGAGGAGGUGGCUGUGAAUUUCUCAGAGGAGGAGUGGACUCUGCUGGACCCAGACCAGAGGGCCCUGCACACAGAAAUCAUGGAAGAAACCUGUGGUCAUCUGGCCUCUCUGGGUGAUGGAUGGGAGAGUGAGAAAGAGGGUGAGGAACACAGAAGGAGGAUGGAAGCACAAUAUCAGUAUAUGAAGGAAUCUCCUUCUUCUGAAUGCUCUGAAUUCCAUGAAAUUCUAGUCCAAAAAAGCAACUGUGAAGUAGACGGAAGGAAUAAUUACCCUCAGUGUCUAGAAAUCUUAACCAGCAUAUCAAGCCUUGGCACAUAUGAAAGAAUUCAUAUAGAUGAGAAAAAAUAUGAAUGCCCAGAGUGCGGAAAGAGCUUCAGCCAGAGCUCACACCUUAUUUGUCACCUAAGAAUCCACUCAGGGGAGAAACCAUAUCAAUGCUCGGUUUGUGGAAAGGUCUUCAGCAAGAAUUCAAAUCUUACUUACCAUCAAAGAAUCCACACAGGAGAGAAACCAUAUCAAUGCUCGGUGUGUGGAAAGGGCUUCACCAAGAACUCAGACCUUACUUCCCAUCAAAGGAUCCACACAGGAGAGAAACCAUAUCAGUGCUCAGUGUGUGGUAAGAGUUACAACCGAAGCUCAGGCCUUACCUAUCAUCAAAGAAUCCACACUGGGGAGAAACCAUAUCAGUGCUCCGUAUGUGGAAAGAGCUUCAGCCAGAACUCACACCUUACUUACCAUCAAAUGAUCCACACAGGGGAGAAACCAUUUCAGUGCUCAGAGUGUGGAAAGAGCUUUAACCGGAGAUCAAGCCUUACAUCCCAUCAGAGAAUCCACACAGGAGAUAAACCAUAUCAAUGCUCGGUAUGUGGAAAGAGCGUCAACAACAGCUCAGACCUUAUUACCCAUCAAAGAACCCACACUGGAGAGAAACCGUAUCAGUGCUCAGAAUGUGGAAAGAGCUUCCGUUGCAGACAACUCCUUAUUUACCAUCAAAGAAUCCACACAGGGGAAAAAACUUAUCAGUGUUCAGUGUGUGGAAAGAGUUUCAGCCGGCUCUCAAACUUAACUUCCCAUCAAAGAAUCCACAAAGGGGAGAAACCGUAUCAGUGUUUGGUGUGUGGAAAGAGUUUUAGCUGGAGCUCAGGCCUUACUUCCCAUCAAAAAAUCCACACAGGGGAGAAACCAUAUCAAUGCACAAUAUGUGGAAAGAGCAUUAGCAAGAGCUCAGACCUAAUUUGCCAUCAAAGAAUCCACACAGGUGAGAAACCAUAUCAGUGUUCAGAAUGUGGAAAGAGCUUCCGUUGCAAGCAAGUCCUUGCUUCCCAUCAAAGAAUUCACAAAGGAGAGAAACCAUACCAGUGCUCAUUAUGUGGAAAGAACUUCAGCCGGAACUCAAACCUUACCUCCCAUCAAAAAAUCCACAAAGGAGAGAAACCAUAUCAGUGCUCAGUGUGUGGAAAGAGUUUCAGCCGAAGCACAGACCUUACUUACCAUCAAAGAAUCCACACAGGGGAAAAGCCAUUUCAAUGCUCAAUAUGUGGAAAACGCUUCAUACGGAGCUCAGAUGUUACUACCCAUCAAAGGAUCCACACUGGGGAGAAGCCAUAUCCAUGCUUGGUGUGUGGAAGAAGCUUCCGUCACAGACAGGUCCUUAAUUCCCAUCAAGCAAUCCACACAGGUAAGAAAGUAUAUCAGUGCUCAAUUUGUGGAAAGAGCUUCAGACAAAGAUCACACCUUACUUCCCAUCAAAGAGUCCACACAGGCGAGAAACCAUAUCAAUGUUUGGUGUGUGGAAAGAGCUUCAGCCAGAACUCAAAGCUUACUUGCCAUCAAAGAAUCCACAAGGGGGAGAAACCAUAUCAAUGCUCGGUGUGUGGAAAGCGUUUUAGGUGGAGCUCAGGCCUUGCUACCCAUCAAAGAAUCCACACAGGUGGGAAACCAUAUAAACGUUCAGAAUGGGGAAAGAACUCUCACACAGAAGACCUUACUUCUCAUCAAGAAAUCCAUACAGGUGGAGACCAUAUUAAUGAUAAGUGUAUAGAAAUGGCUUCAUCUGAAGCACAAAUCUUACUUCCCAUCAAAGAAUCCCCACAGGAUGAAACCCCUGUCAGUGUUUGGUGUAUGGAAACAGCUUCAGACAGAGCUCAGACCUUAAUGAGCGCCUAAUAAUCCACACGGGGGGAAAGCAUAUCAGAGUUCAGUGUGUGGAAAGAACUUCAGGACCAUCUCAAACCUAAACAAACAUAAAAGAAUUAUUGUAUAGUAGAGACCAUUUAAAUACUUGGUGAUUAUUAGCUGCUUGGGUAGAGACUUCUCUGUCCUGCCACAACAGUAAAGUACCUACAUUCAUCUUUAGGCAGGAAAGACAUCUGCCUGAGAGACCAUUCCACAUCACAUCUGGGUUUGCAUCUCUUCUUCACUCAUGUCCAUGGAAAGGAGAGAUAGGAGCCCUUGAUUUGUCUUUGUGGAAGGCCUCUCUUUAUAAACAUGCUCCUCCCAGUCUGCCAAUUUGUAACCAGAAAGCAGUACUGGUUUGGUUUUCCUGCAAAGAAAAGUGAGUCCCUAACUCUGCAUGAUGCAGAGGAGAUCCAUAAGCAGAGAUUUGCUUCUGUCAAGGGCAUGGAUGCUAGGCAGGAGCUGCAGAAAUAUGUUAAAAUACUGUCUGGGAUCAAGAAGCCACUGACAGCAUGGUGCCCAUUGGUCUUAGACUGGAGGAGAGCUGGGUUUAAAGUUCUGCUCAGCUAAGAACCUCAUAGUGGAGGGAUCUCGAGACAGUCACUUUCUUUCAGAUUCACUUAUCUCACAGGGUUGUUGUGAGCAUAAAAUGAAAUGGAGAACCCAUUGAUCCAAGCCUGAGUUUCUUGAGUGGAAUAAAUAUGAAAUCUAACAUAUACCAUUUUGAAGUGUGUUCCGUGAGUUGGUUGCUCACAUUCCCGAACUCCUACUUUUCUUCACCUUCUGCAGCACUUAAGGGUUUAGAAAAUUCAGACCUGAUGUAUGCCGCAUCCUCUUAUAGAAAACACACACCUCAGAAGCCUUUAAUUACACUUAAAAGAUGCGCCAUUGUUUUCAGAGGGAGGAUGGGCAUCUGGAAAGGCAACCUGGCAGCAGUAAUUUGCCUUAUUUUGUUUCCCCUCACCGGGGGCAAUUUGACUUGGACCUCAGGCUCAAAGGGGGCCUCAGAUUUAGGCACUUGUUAAUUUUUUUGGCAUCGGAGAAGUUUUGCAACUUUUUAUGUGGAUCCCUUUCAGACCAAAAUGUGACACAAUCUCUCAGCCUAGAGCUGGACUCUCUGGGGUGGUUCCUAAUAUCACAAUUGCAUUGUGUAUUUUUGUUGGUGUGCCUGCAUGAGUGGCUUUGGGUGAAUGCACCUUCAACAUAUUGAAGCAGGUAAAGAACCAUCACCAUUCAACAAGAGCAUUUGAACAGGCUCACCAUGCUUAAUAUCAACUGUAACAUUGCAUGAAAGCUAGUUUUCCCCCUCAAUAAUUGGUGCAUUUGCACAGAAAAAGGCUAGAAAAGCAUUUGUUAAAUAAAAUAAUAUCCAAAUUGUG